CUUAAAUUAAACAAACUCAAACUUAAAAAAUAUUUAAAGAUCUUUAACGACAACUUUGAUUUCGAACAGUCUUCAAUGUCAAACACCACUCCACCAGUUCACGAUGUCCGCCCUAUCGCUUCAUACCGACCCGACCCGGAUAUUCCCGACCAGUCCGCCCUUCCUGCCGCCGUCGAUCCGCUCCUCCAAAACGGCUCCUUCAUCGACGCCACGCCUGUCAAACCGAGCACAGAUAACGACAACACUCAUCAACAACAACAAGAAGCCAAUGGCGGAGGCGUGGAGCAGAAGCCGCCACUUGAAGCGACGCCGUUGAGAUCGAGGAGAAAAGUACCGGUGAAUAUGGCGGUGGCGGUUUCACCUGACUCGUCUUGGCUGCCUCCCGGUUGGGUGGUCGAAGAUAGGGUUAGGGUUGCCGGUGCUACGGCGGGGACAGUCGAUAAGUAUUACACUGAUCCCGUAUCAAAUCGUCGAUUCAGAUCCAAGAAAGAGGUGCAGUACUAUCUCGAAACAGGAAUGUUGAAGCCGAAGAAAACAAAAGGAACAGAGAAUCCCGAGAUAGAUUCUAGCUCUACAGGGAGUGCCGGGAGUAAAAGAUCGCAGAAGGCUAAUAAGAAGGCGAAGGUCGUUAAAAGGAACUUCGAUUAUGUGAAUGUGCCUGAGAAGGUCGAAUGGUCUCUCACAGACGCGAAUCAAGAUACUUGGAGUCCUUCCAUUGGAGGUCAAAAAGUGGCGGAAUUUGAGCGGCAAAACUGGGAUUUUGAGAUGACGCAUCGGCAUCAUUAACAUUUAGUAGAGGUAUCACAGUGUUUUGAAAGUUUUUAAUGUAUUGCCAACUGAAUCAUCGGUAGUUGUCUCGUAAAGGUCUGUAGCUUAGGUCUCUAUUACUUUCGUUUCUUUCGCAAAUUACAUAUCCAUCCUCACACAGCUGAUUAGUGUACACUGAUCCUACAUCUCAAAAACUGAUUAGUGUUUUAACCUCUCGUUUUGGGUCUGUUAGUUUCUAGUUUAAGUUAAAUUUAUAUCUAUCAAGCUGCAAGUUUUUAGCCGGAGUUUACCUUCCGGGAUUUCAA